AUGGCCUGUGAGAAAAAGCUGUCUCGUUUUCUGUUUGGUUUGGGUCCUGAUGCUGCGGCUGAUUCAUCAUCAUCUGUGAUCAGGCCUACUACCAUUGAGUCAUCCGUAAAUUUGAUGAUGACGUUGGAGCUAUGUGUGGCUACACAGUCAUGCGUGUACAGGGAGUACAGGAGAGAACUGAGAACAGAGCCCUGUUUCUUCAUUGACCCUAUGAAGCUGCUGCCCCUCCAGAGAUUCCUCCCGAGGCCUCCAGGUGAAAAGGGGCCACCCCGUGGAGGUAGAGGAGGAGGAAGAGGUGCGAGAGGAGGUGGCUUUCGUGGAGAUCUAGGUGGCAGUGGAUGUGGAGGAUUUGGUGGACGUGGAGGUGGUGGAGGCAGGAUUGGAGGGGGUGGACAUGGAUUCAGAGAGUGUUUAUCAACUGAAAUCUUUUUAAUUCAUCCUCAGGUGAUCAAAUGCAAGGCAGCAGUGGCCUGGGAGGCUGGUAAGCCUCUUUCCAUUGAAGAGGUGGAAGUAGCUCCACCUAAAGCCCAUGAAGUUCGAGUGAAGGUUCAUGCUACAGGUGUGUGUCACACUGACGCCUACACUCUGAGUGGGAGUGACCCUGAGGGCUUGUUUCCUGUCAUCCUGGGUCACGAGGGGGCAGGAACUGUUGAGAGUGUUGGCGAAGGGGUCACCAAAUUCAAACCAGGUGAUACUGUUAUCCCGCUGUAUGUACCUCAAUGCGGAGAGUGCAAGUUUUGUAAAAAUCCUAAAACCAACCUGUGUCAGAAAAUCAGGGUGACCCAAGGUCAGGGUCUGAUGCCUGAUAAGACCUCCAGGUUCACCUGUAAAGGAAAGAAGCUUUUCCACUUCAUGGGUACCAGCACCUUUUCCGAAUACACCGUGGUGUCUGAAAUCUCUCUGGCCAAAGUGGAUGAAAAUGCCCCCCUGGACAAAGUGUGUCUGCUGGGCUGUGGCAUCUCCACUGGAUAUGGAGCUGCCAUCAAUACUGCUAAGGUUGAGGCUGGCUCUACAUGUGCUGUGUUCGGUUUGGGAGCAGUGGGGCUUGCAGUCAUAAUGGGCUGCAAGUCAGCCGGCGCCACCAGGAUCAUUGGCAUUGACAUCAACCCAGACAAGUUUGAAAUUGCCAAGAAGUUUGGAGCCACCGAGUUUGUGAACCCCAAGGACCACAGCAAGCCCAUUCAGGAAGUGUUGGUGGAGCUGACAGAUGGAGGAGUCGACUACUCCUUUGAAUGCAUUGGCAAUGUUGGCAUUAUGAGAGCUGCUCUUGAAGCUUGUCACAAAGGCUGGGGAACCAGUGUCAUCAUUGGUGUGGCAGGAGCAGGCCAAGAAAUCUCCACCCGCCCCUUUCAGCUGGUCACAGGGCGCACAUGGAAAGGCACAGCUUUUGGUGGAUGGAAGAGUGUGGAGAGUGUCCCUAAGCUAGUGAAUGACUACAUGAACAAGAAGCUGAUGGUGGAUGAGUUUGUUACUCACACGUUGCCCUUUGCCCAGAUCAAUGAGGCUUUUGACCUGAUGCAUGCUGGAAAGAGUAUCCGAACUGUCCUGCAGCUUUGAGCCUCAAGUUCAACAAACUCAGUCAAACUCAAGUUCUGCCUUGUCCUGCCAUGAAACAAACAUGCUAAUCAUUAACAUCCUUGUCUCAGUAGUUGCUGUGUUGACUGUUGUGUUAGAGGUUGUUCUGAUAAUGGUUAUUUGCGUGUAGAGGUCCAGUUACACAAUGAAUAAAUUUGAUUAUCAAACAGAA